AUGAGUUUUGGACCAAGUCAGAAACUGGCCACUUCCCUGGGAGUUUCCAGAACAAGCCCGGAAAAUCCUGCAGAACAGAAGCGUCCGGAUGUUUCCCUUGUGAUCCUUUCGCAGCUGCGACGACAGGCCGGCAGCAACAGCAGCACCGAUAGUGCGAUAGAGCUGGAACUACACCAAUGUCAACAGCAGUCGAUUGAAAUUGAUAUUAACAUUAUUUUGGAGAGGUCAGCCGAAGGAAGAGCUUUGAUGCAAAUUCUCCAAGAGAACAAAAAACCCAAUGACAAAACAAUAAAACGAAUAACACACCUACUUUGCGGAUUUUUGAAGUCUAACUACGGAGUGCGUGCCUCUACAUUUUACAAGAAUAUUGUUGCAAAGUCAUUGGUUCAAUCGUAUCCCAUUUUGGCUUCGUCAGUUUCGGACGUACCACAUGCAUUGUGGUUUUAUAUUAACGGACGUGGUGAUGGAAAACAUGCUGGUAAAAUUCACUACCAUUUGGAGUACCUAGCGAAGCGAGCUGAAGCGCGGGUGUUCCGCAGAAGGUUAACCAAAGUCGACGAAGGGAUGCAUGUCAAUCUUCCAGUUGUUCAAGUGCCAGAAAUUGAUCUUUUUGCUAUGGUGGAAGAACUUAAAUUUAUUGUCCCGAUUUCCGAAAACAGAAGCAGGAUUAACCAGUUAUGGACAUCUACAUUCGAGUAUCGGUCACAGUAUCGUGAAAAUCAUGACUUCCACUCUUUUCUCGAAGAAUUUCCCGUUAGUUCGGCAUUCGAGGGUGAAUUAGUUGAAUAUGAUUUCAAAAGAAUGCGAAACCAAACCGUGGAUUUUGCAGAACAAUGGAAUGUCUGGCAAGCAAAAGUGCUUAAAACCUACCAACACUUGUUCAGGGAAAUAUCUAACGAUUUCUUGAGAGCACUAGCUAUUAUCCGAGCUAAAAACCCUACUCGAGGCUCAAAACGUGUGCGCGACGAAGAUUCUGCCAAGGACAACCCAUUGAAGGGACUACUCAAUUGGAUUAAGUUGGAUGACCCACUACCCAUCGACUACAAUGUUCCUGUUAUAAUUGUAAGAGGAAGUCCCAUGACCGAGGGAGAAUGCUUUAUUUCAUGGAAAAGUAUCAAUAUACCGCUAGGUGGUAACAUCGUCCAUGCAUUCAGCGUGUUUUGCAAGGCUUUCGACGUAUUCGGGACGGCAUGUGCACCGAGUGAUAAACAGUUUUUUAUAUUUUUCAGAGCAAUUAUUUUCUCUGUAGACAAUAUUUCUACGACUGGUGAAAAAUUUGUUAGAUCACUCGAAGAGUGAGUAAUAAUGUG